AUUAUUAUGCAUACACAUGUACCGCAGCGUAUAGUAAACAACGUACCCGAAUGUGUUUAUCAUGUGUAACCAACUACUUUAGGAGGUUCCAAUCAAUCUGGUUUGACUUUAAAAGAGACACCCUAAAAUGAUGCGACAAUCAGAUGACACAAGACCCUUUGCCCUCGUCGGUAUGACGCAGGCAGAAAGGAAAGUCUUGCUGGAUCUAGUUCGACAGGAGGCUCCUGAUUUGCUCCACCCUGGAGCUGUUAAACGGAUACGGUCUGGCACUUGGGCCCUCAUCAUGAAGAAAUUCAACGAAUCCUGCUCGUGUUAUAGAACUGUGGCCCAGCUGAAGUCCUGCCUCCAGAACAUCAUGCGCAAAACCCUCCAGAAAAAGGCCGGAGGAGGGACCGCGCAGCAGUCAUUUCGCAAGAUCAACUUCACACUUUUCGAGAAGAAUUUGAUUCUCAAUCUGGGAAAGCAGCGACCGGUGGUUUUCUCCAAGCUGAAAGACGGGCAGACGCAAGCGGUCAAGAGGAAAGCUUGGACUGAAAUGAUGUGGACAUUCAACAGGACUCAGGGCAUCAAGACGCAGCGCACAGCGAGAGAGAUUAAGAACUGUCUGGUCAACAUGACCAACAGGAACAAAGAGGUUGAUGAGUUCCUCAAGUCACAAAUGCCUGAAUAUGCAAGGCAAAAUGAUAUCCCUGAACAGCCACACUUAGAUGGAACAGUGGUCCUUGGGGGUGUAUCGCAUCCUGUAACAAACGUCCAUGGGACUCCUGUGACACAGAACCCAAUGCAAUCACCUACUAGUAGCGUGCAACGGAGAGGUACUAUGGCUCACAACAAAAAAUCUCAGCCGGCACAGAGUAAUAAGCCUCAAGUUCCCAAACACAGAUUCCUCUUGCCCAAACCUCUGAGUGCACCAGCAUCUUCUUUCCCAAAUAGGUCAACACCAGUUCUCAUAGGUGCUGUUUCCCAAAAUGUGCCAACUCCCCAAACAAGCAUACCACAGAAUAACCAUCCCACCCUGACACACCCAGUUCGAACAAUAUCUGUCCCCCAAGUAUCUAUGAGUUCAUCACAGUUAUCGCCCCCAGUCUCAACUCUUCGGACACAACCUACCCAGUCAGCACUGCCUCACGUAAUGCAGGCGGGUCCAGCUCAACAAGUACAAUCAUCACCAGCACAGCCCAUAGUUCAUGUCCAGACAUUUUCGUCAUCUCAAAUACAACCGUUGCAGCCCAUGUCUGUUCAACAGACCCAAUCUCACUGCUUGCCUCCUGCACAAGAUUCUGACCUCGGGUUAUCCGGUUGGAUCCCAGAAACUCCAUCACAGCAUCAUCAAAACACAACGUCGUCCAGCAAGCCUGCAGUGGAUGAGACCCUAGCAGAAACAAGAGAUGAUUGUAUCAUCGAGAUCAAGGAGGAGAGUGGUUCUGAUCCGGAAGAGCUGUAUGGGCUUGAGCAACAGUUAUCGGCAACACCAAUGGAGAUCCACAAAUCCCCAACAGAUACGUCACAGUUACCAAGAUAUGGAGAUCAACUCAUGAAUUCAGGUGUAAACAGAAACCAACUCCAAGUACCACCUGCCAAGUCUACGACGCCACAACAACCAGAGGAGCUUUCCAGUGAGCAAGAUGGUAUGGGAAAUGUACAGAUCAAGGUGCACAGAGAUCGUGGGGAGAGCCAAGUAGGGCAGAACCAAGCUUUCCCUUCAUCCAGCUUUACAUCCUCACUCCCAACUGAAGAGAACCAUCAUCAUUCCUCUGGCUAUCUCAUUCAGACUAGCUCUCAGUUCGCCUCUCAAAGUCAACUUCUCUCUCAAGAUUCGAGCUGCUCUACGAACGGGCUAACCACCGAUCUCUCAACAGAGAUACAGGACAGCGGCAUCCACCGGUCGGAGCCCGGCAAAGACGCAGACAGCUCCCGCAGGGCCAGGAUCAAGAGGAGAAAGGAGAGCGUUGGCACUUUGAAGAAGCGUCUUUUGCAACGGGAGCACGAUCUUCGAAUUCAAAUGUCGAGAGAGGAGCAUGCCUGGUUGUUGGAAGAACACAUGUGGAAGCGAGAGGAACACGAGCUACGCAUGAACAUGAUCAGGAUCAACUCAAAAUUCUCAUAAAUUUUACAGAGGCUGGUGUAAUAUUAUGGUCGACGCUUUCUCGGCUUCUGAACAAAUUUGAAAUUUGGAAUAAAUUUUGGAGUAAAGACAGAACAAUCUAGUUUUGUCACACCCACACAUAUAAUGUAAUUCUACCUUUGUAACAGUAGGCCUGUCUUCGUCAGACCAAAGUUUGCAAAUUAACUGCUAUUUUAACUAGACCUGAUGCCCCGAUCUCAAAUUUUCGUCAGCCCGCAGUUGCAAUUAGUGGGCUAUUUGGUCGAGAAAAUAUCCUGAAAAUGUUUAAUUUGCACUAGUUUGUGAUGAGCAUAUCGGUCUGGUGAAGACACAAUUUCGAGCUUCAGGAAAAAAACAUCCUGAGUCUAAAGAUAGCGAGUUAAUUUGCAACUUCAGUGUGAUAUAGACAGGCCUAUUGUGUCAGUCUUACCAUCUUUUAAUCCACAGUGAAUAAAAAGCUUAUAUGGCGUUAUGAAGGGAUUUACCACAGGAGCCGGGUUUAUAUGCUUAGUUCUGCUCCCAUGUUUUAUGAGAAGUAAGGGAAGCUGAGCAAAGCAUUCCAUUUAGGUGCGCUAUUAAUUAAAUACAGAAAGCUUGAUUUUGAUUGCUUGUCUAUCCUUAUUCUCUCAAAACUCUUGAAGGCAAAGUACUGUACAUGUACUUGUUGAAAUAGAUUUCAGUUAAUUUCAUAUAUUUUAUUGGACAUUAUUUAUAGUGCAUAUUCUACAGUUGGUCCAUUUUCAUUGCCAUUUUUUAGUGUUAAACUUGCCAAGACCAAAGUUGUCAUGCUGCAAAUCAUUGUCUUUUAAACAAUAAUUUAAGGUAGGUUUGUAAUUGUAAGAUAUAAUUUUUUCUUGCAAAUCUUCCUUUGACUGAUUUUAAAGGACAAUCCAAUCUCUUCUUUUGCGUGGAUAGAGAGGAGAAAAAUUAGAGAAACUGAUUUGAACAUAAGUGGACAAAUUCAAAAAGGUUAUAAUUAAAAGUUGAAAAAACCAAUAACGGUAAGCUGCAGCCACCCACCCCCACCGAGAAAUUUGAAAUUCCCACUAUUCGUGCUAUUGGCACCUCAUUUUGGGCAGUGAGGUCGUCUAUUGAUUCUUUAUUAUUCAUAUAAUAUAUUGUUACUACAAAAUUACACUUUUACAAUGAAAAACUCAAAAUUUUUGCUAGCUAUCUCAUUCUUGCAAAAUUAAGAAAAUGGAAGUUCAUAUUGAGGCACAAGACCUGUCAGUACCCUGCUGAAAUGUGCAUGUAUACUAAUGAAUGGAGUAAGACUUCCCAUGAAUGUAGUGUACAUCAUUGAGUUUCCCUACAUAUCACCAUCUCUUAAGCUUGGUGACUUUCAAAGAUCAAUUAAACUUCCAUAAAUUUUUUCUCCAAUAUCUUUCCCUAGUUUUCUUCUUCAUUCAGAGUAACUUUUGGUCAGAAAGCCAGUUUAAAAAAAGAAAAAAAUCAGUGUUUUUUCUUCAUGUUUUACUUGUUUCAUGUCCCGAUUUUUCAUUUACCAGUAAACAUCAUUUUUACUUGUACAGUACUUUGUGCAUUUUGUUAUCUUUGGAUUAUAAGCUGUGUGAUGUGAUGAUAUAUUUCUAUAUCAUUUUAUGGGGUAAACUGGUGGUCUCACAUGACAAGAUAUUUGCUCUGUUGCUCCACACUAAUGUUAUUGUUGUUGCUUUAGAAGACAACAGUGCAAGGCAGUGUGUACUACAGAAAAAAUAGUGGCUUGGCGUCUACACAGAGAGGGGAACAAAAUCCUGAUAUCCCCCUCAAAGCCAUCCAAAUGAAUUAUAGGUUGGCUGGGAAAUAAAGUAAAUUGUUGUCACAUGCAAAUUAUAGUCUGAUGAUCAUGUGUAAAUAAUUAUAAGGAAUGUGUCUUUCAGUAAAUGUUAUAUCCAGUGCUAGAUUCUUAAAUCAAUUUGUACAACUCAUCAACUGAUCAUUUCAAUUUCAUUACAUCAACUCAAGAUUAGCUUUUUAAAAUCACAGAUGAAAUUAGACGAAAGUUUAAGAGAAUUGUAAUAUGUUUUAAAUAUUUCUAAGGAAAUUAAGAUUUGGGCAGAAUGCACAUUUUUCAAAUUAUGUCUGAAAUUGUGGUUUUUCUUACAAUAAUGCACAAAGCAAUGACAAAGAAUAUGUACAUUUUUCAUAACAAAUUUAUUAUUGAAUGUAAAAAAAAA